AUGAACACACCACAAAACGCAACACAAUUACUUGUUCAAGACUUUCAAAAAAACUUCGAACAGUUCAAGCAGUAUAUUUAUACAAUUCGAUCCAACUUUGAAGUCGUCAAAAUGUACUUCAAGGAAAUCAUGAGCGUUUCACCACUUUUCACUCAUUCAAAACUCUGGAAAUUGUACUUUGAGAUUGCGUUUGAGACGAACUUUGACGCGUUCCUCUUUGUAGUCUCCCUUUGGCUCCUCUCUGCUCCCCCCUCCCCAAGUACUGCGAUAUUCCUCGUCGACAAAUUGAAGCUUAUUCAAAGUAAGUUUCCUCCAUAUCGAUAUGAACAAUUUUUAAUUGACAUUAUCGAGAAAACAGGCCAGGCGCCGAACAUGAAUAGUCUUUGGGAGACACUCAUCCACUCGAUUCAAGACCCUCAGAGUCAACAGAUCAUCUUUUCGAUGUACAACGACCUUUAUCCGCCGUUGCCCGAUAAACAGUCCCCGCAACGGAUUUUAGUUCGAUUUAAUGAAAUUAAAAUUCAAACGACUUUUUUCCAAGAAAUAAAACACGGCAAAAUGUUAAUUUUACAAAAACGACCGAAAAGUCAACCCCAAAACUCACCAUUCAUUAAAACAUUUUCUGAUUUGUUGGACACGGAAUACCUCAGACAAAAACAAAAUAUGUUUGUCGACGUUUCGCCACUUUCGUUUGGGGCACUCUUCUAUUUUCUUGAAAAAACAAUGUCUAUAGUUCUGAAACUAUUGUAUUUUAAAAGUGACGUGGUGUACAAGUGGCUCAAAAGAUACGCAGAUCACUUACUCGAACUCACACUGUUCGCACAAGCCAAAACGAAAACCCCCGAAAUGCAGAGAUUUGCAUUACGAACAUUAUUAAUAAAAAGAACUACACGAUUUACUACUCUGUUCCAGGUCGUAACGUCGCAGAACAAAAGUCUGAGUCUGAUCGAUAAGGAUGGAUUUCUAUGGGCAAAUUACUUUAAAUUGAGAUUGAGAUGUGUCGACUUAAAUACUAGAUCUUCUUAUUUACAAAAGAUCGAACAAGUCAAAGACCAAUUGAAAGUCACAUAUCUCCCGUUGUCAUUACAACUCGUUAAGUUUAGUCUGUUCACCAGUAUCAACGCAAACCAAUUGAAUAUCGUCGAUCUUGAUAAUCUCUUUAAUCAAUUCAGUGACUCAUAUAACCCAGAACUACUCUCAGACCUUGAAUUGGUCUGUAAGUCAUAUAUGGAUUUCUUCUUCGCUCGAGGUAAUAAGGAUGUUGUGAUAACUAUCUUUGAAGCGUUGAUUAACUUCCCUGGUGAAAAACGAAAGUGGCUGAUCUGGAAGGACUACGCAGAAACUCUCGCUCGAAUGGAAUUAAGAGACUUAUCAGUUAAGGCUUAUUUAAGAGCACUCCCUUUCUUGGAUGAGAAAGAAGCAGAAGCAGCUUGGGCGUCGUUUUAUUCAUACGUCCAACCAGGUGUUUCUAUGGAACAAUUCAAAAGUUCUCAGAAUGGCCGAAUUAUACCGCCUGAACGGAAACAAUUCAUUCGAGUCGAAAAACAACAACAGCAACCACCUCAACAACAACAAAUUCCAAUUCCUCAACAAUUCCAACCACCUCAACAACAGCAAAUGUUCUUACAACAACAAAACCAACCACUUUACCAAUCACAACAAAUGAGACAACAACAAAAACCUUUUAUCCCAAAUCAAUACCAAGGUGGGUAUAUGCAAGACCAACCAUUCCAAGGACAAUACUAA